CCGAUAAGCAACUCGAAGACAAUGACGACUGAACCCCCCCAUACAUUGAAAAAUAUUAUUGAUUCUUGACUCGACUCGCUUUGGUCGCACUUUCGUCUUUCUUGUCUAUUGUUACUCUUUCAGAUUAUUCCCAUUCACUCUUUCGAUACCCUCAUUUAAUCUUCUGGCUUUGCAACUUCACGGAACUUCGCGACAGACUUGAGGCCUCCCAGGCUACACCAUGGGGAUAAGUAGGCGACCAAAGGAUAAAUCCGCAGGCAAUGCGCCGUCAGGCGGCCGUGGGGCAGGGGGAGGGAAGCCCAACAUCAAGAAGGCGGCAUUCGAUACGACCAAGAAGAAGGAGGUCGGAGUCUCGGACUUGACGCUACUGAGCAAAGUGUCGAACGAAGCUAUCAACGAGAAUUUGAAGAAGCGCUUUGAGAAUGGAGAGAUUUACACUUACAUCGGCCAUGUGCUGGUAUCAGUCAAUCCCUUUCGAGACUUGGGUAUUUAUACAGAUGCCGUGUUGGAUAGCUAUAAGGGGAAGAAUCGAUUGGAGAUGCCACCCCACGUAUACGCAGUUGCCGAGUCCUCAUAUUAUAACAUGAACGCCUACAAAGAUAAUCAGUGUGUCAUUAUUUCCGGAGAGUCUGGUGCGGGGAAGACAGAGGCGGCAAAGCGCAUUAUGCAGUAUAUCGCCAACGUGUCAGGAGGUAAGGACUCGUCGAUCCAGGAGAUUAAGGAUAUGGUGCUGGCAACAAACCCUCUGCUGGAAUCGUUUGGAAAUGCGAAAACACUGCGAAACAACAAUUCGUCGAGAUUCGGAAAGUACCUCCAGCUCCAGUUCAACUCUGCCGGCGAGCCCGUCGGAGCGGAUAUUACGAAUUAUCUUUUGGAGAAAUCCAGAGUGGUUGGGCAAAUUAUGAACGAGCGCAACUUCCACAUCUUUUACCAAUUUACGAAAGGAGCAUCACAAAAGUAUCGCGAGACAUUCGGAGUGCAGAAGCCGGAGACAUACGUGUAUACUAGCAAGUCGAAAUGCUUUGACGUUGAUGGUAUUGAUGACCUGGCAGAAUUCCAAGAUACGCUGAAUGCGAUGAAGAUUAUCGGGCUGUCUCAGGCAGAGCAGGACGAGAUCUUCCGCAUCCUAGCGGCGAUCUUAUGGACGGGUAAUAUCCACUUUGUCGAGGAUAAGGAUGGAUAUGCUGCUAUUGCAGACCAAUCUGUGGUAGAUUUCUUGGCUUAUCUAUUGGAAGUUGACGCAGCGCAUGUCGUUUCCGCCAUCACGAUCCGCAUCUUGACGCCAAGAAAUGGCGAGGUUAUUGAGUCUCCCGCCAACCCCGCACAGGCAGCAGCUACCAGAGAUGGACUGGCGAAAGCUCUCUAUAACAAUCUGUUUGACUGGAUUGUCGAGCGUGUCAACGUGUCGUUGAAGGCUCGCGGCGCAACCUCGAACUCAAUUGGUAUUCUGGAUAUCUACGGCUUCGAGAUUUUUGAGAAGAACAGUUUUGAGCAGCUCUGUAUCAACUAUGUCAACGAGAAGCUGCAACAGAUCUUUAUCCAGCUUACCUUGAAGACGGAGCAAGAGGAAUAUGCCCGCGAGCAGAUUAAGUGGACGCCUAUCCAAUACUUUGACAACAAGAUUGUCUGCGACUUGAUUGAGGGUACGAGGCCACCAGGAAUCUUCUCCGCCAUGAAGGAUGCGACCAGAACUGCACAUGCGGACCCCGCAGCUUCGGAUAGGACGUUCAUGCAGAGCAUCAACGGAAUGUCGAACCCCCAUCUCACUCCUCGCCAGGGCAACUUCAUCGUCAAGCAUUAUGCUGGUGAUGUGAGCUACACAGUUGAAGGUAUUACCGAUAAGAACAAGGACCAGCUUCUCAAGGGCCUGUUGAACCUCUUCGCGCAAAGCCAGAACGAGUUUGUGCAUACAUUGUUCCCCAACGAAGUCAACCAGGAUGACAGGCGACAGCCCCCAGCGGCUGGAGACAAGAUCAAGACGUCAGCCAACGAACUUGUCGCCACGCUCAUGAAAGCCACACCGUCUUACAUCCGUACGAUCAAGCCCAACGAAAAUAAGUCGUUCUCUGAAUAUAAUGUGCCAAACGUCAUGCAUCAGAUCAAGUACCUUGGUCUGCAGGAGAACGUCCGUAUCAGACGUGCUGGAUUCGCCUAUCGUCAGACUUACGACAAGUUUGUCGAGCGCUUUUACCUCCUGUCGCCACAGUGCUCAUAUGCUGGUGAGUAUACUUGGACAGGCGACUCAAAGUCCGGCGCCAAGCAGAUCCUGAAGGACACCAGCAUCCCCGCCGAAGAGUAUCAAUUUGGUGUAACAAAGGCGUUCAUCAAGGCGCCAGAGACGCUCUUCGCUUUAGAGCACAUGCGCGACCGAUACUGGCACAACAUGGCCAUCCGCAUUCAGAGAGUAUGGCGAGCAUACCUACGCAUCCGCUCCGAAGCCGCAACUCGCAUCCAGAGGGUAUGGCGCAAGAAGCGUGUCGGGGCGGAAUUCCUCGAGAUGCGCGAGAGGGGCCACAAACUUCUGCAGGGCCGCAAGGAGAGGCGUCGCAUGAGUCUGCUCGGCUCGAGACGCUUCAUGGGCGAUUAUUUGGGCUGCAACGCUGGGAGCGGGCCUGGCGCGCGCAUCCGCAACGCGAUCAACAUCCCCGGCAACGAAGUCAUCCUCUUUUCGUGUCGUGGCGAGGUCCUCGAGUCCAAGUUCGGACGCUCUAGUAAGCCUAGCCCGCGCAUCUUCGUCCUAACCAAGAGCCGGUUCUACGUCGUCUUGCAGGCUGUUGUCAACAAGCAGGUCCAAAUCUCCGCUGAGCGCGCCAUUCCCCUGGGCUCGAUUAAAUUCAUCGGCCUAUCGACAAGCCGCGACGACUGGUUCUCCCUAGGCAUCGGGUCCCCACAAGAAGCAGACCCCUUACUCAGCUGCGUCUUCAAAACCGAGUUCUUCACGCACCUCACGCGCGCCUCACCCGGCAGCGGCUCCGCCCUCCUCAAGAUCUCUGACCACAUUGCAUACGCCAAGAAGCCCGGCAAGAUGACAGACAUCAAGGUCCUACGCGACUCCCAGCAGCGCGAGGACUUCUACAAGAGCGGCGCUAUCCACACCCAGUCUGGCGAGCCCCCGAACUCCGUCUCCCGCCCUCUCCCCAAGGGGAAGCCCAUCCCCGCCAAGCCCUUCACCAAGGGCCGCCUCAUCCGCCCCGGUGGUCCAGACGGCCGGCCGUCGAAAUUCGCAAACGUAGCGCGCAGCACCAAGCCCGUGGCACACCCCGUACCACAUCAGCCUGUCGCGCAGAACCCUAUCGCUCACGCGCCUGUCGCUGCGCAUAACCCGUUGGCGCAGCAGCUCGCGUCGCGUACGCGCGCGCUCCCGCAGCAGCCGCAGGAGAUCUCGCUGUCGCAAUAUGGUGCUAUUGCAGCUGCAUCCCAUGCGGCGCCGGCGCCUGCGGCACGUGCGGUACCGCCGCCUCCGCCACCACCGCCCCCGGCUGCGACGCCUGCGGGCCCGAUUUUCCGAGCGAUGUAUGACUUUGAAGGACAGAGUGCGAAUGAGUUGAGCUUCAAGAAGGAUGAGGUGGUGGAUAUUGUGCAGAAGGAGAAUAAUGGUUGGUGGUUAGCGAAAAUUAACGGCCGCGAAGGCUGGGCUCCGUCCGCCUAUCUCAAGGAAGAAACCCCUCCUCCACCUCCCCCACCAUCUGCCCGGCCCUCGGCCGCAAACGGGAAACCCAAGCCUCCUGCUCCUCCAGCCAAGCGUCCCGCUGCUGGAGGACGCAAGGCCGCGGCGCUACCCGGGCAGAGGGAUUCGGGAGGGAUGGCGAGUGGGAAUGAGGGAGGAGGAAGUGGCAGGAGCACGCCAAGUUUGGCGGGUGGGUUGGCGGAGGCGUUGAGAGCGAGGCAGAGUGCUAUGAAUGCGGGGCACGGGGGGAGAGAUGAGGAUGAUUGGUAGGCAGUACGCUUGGUGACGGCGGGGUCAGGUAGGGGAUGAUUUAGACAUGUGAGGGGAGGCAGAUAGAAUGAAUGAAAUUUGAAUACGUGCC